AUGAGCCAGGAUUUUGAGAUCAUCUCUGGACAGCUAGCAAUUGAGUUUGUGAUUCGAAUUUUUAUAUUCCUCCCUUUUCCGACAUUAAAUCACCAUUCCGACUCAAAUCAGAUCCUGAGAGCUGCGGACACAACAAGUAUACCCUCUCAUGUGAGAGCAAUACAACAGUGCUGUACCUGGGAUCGGCAAGAUACUAUGUAUAGGCAAUUGAUUAUAACAACUUGA